UAGGAGUUUCAGUCGGCUGUGCGCUCGGUACUCGAGUCGCCAAACAAUCGACUAAAUGGACAUGUGCUCGAACAAGGUAUCUUAGUCUAAGGCUAUUCGUCGCCGGCCAAGAGAAUCACGUGAUUCGGAAAGAAUGUCGGAAAGGCGAUUCUCCACCAAAAAUCUCGAAUAUCUGAAUCAAGAAACCGUCGGAAGUCAAGAAUGUAACAAAACUCCGCAGCAGAUGCAGGGAAAUUUCUGUUCGCUAACGUCAUCGAACCAUCAAUCGUGCAAGAAAUGUCCGGAUAUCGGUAUUCCUUCCAACUAUUCUCUCGGACUGAUUCAACGUUUAGAGAAGUGCAGAUCGGAUUCGGGACGUUUGGAAUCGGCAGACUCUACGCCACGUUCUAAUUCCUUAUAUAGAAGCGGCUACGACAAUUUGGCUGUCGGGCAUUUCAUGCCCCAACAAAUAAAUUCCGGUUUGAAUAGUUCAACUAUUAAGAACAGUUUACCGAGAUUAAAGUGCCUUACUACCAUGCAUUUAGACAUUUUGCCCUCACCUGUGGGAAGCAGCAAUUCGCCUCUUCAUAACAAUCUUAGCAGUUCUGCCAGUCCGUUCGCAGAGAUGUCUCCCGAGUCCAAUUAUAUUCAUUCUGCCGGAAACAAAGACACUUACGACGAUGCCGAAGCGUUAAUCGACAGUAAUCUUCUUUGCUACAACCACGAUCUUCUGUGCAACUAUCCGGACGACAUGCUGGCCAAUCUCAUCGCCACCGAUCAUUUGUACAGUUCGUGUUUAGAAUCGAACAGUUGUCAGUCUUCCAAUUCUUAUCUAGACGUACUUCACUCCAACGAUCUGUCUUCGAUAUUCCUGUCCCCUCAAUCUUCGUCAAUCAACACUCCACCGUCGGAAAUUCCGCUUUCUCCGUCACCUAUGGAAAAAGACCAAGCCACUUGCAUCAAACCGGAGACACAGUUGCCAUCAUCCAGAGAUUUCUUGGAAAGUAAUUUGGGUGUCCAGAUGGCUCCACCUCUUCCAACGAAUUAUUCCGAUUUAUCGUCUUACCCCGCAUCAUUUGCCAAUCCGCGACAUUCCUAUUCCAGUCGCAGUUCUCGGAAUAAACGUUCGCUCUCCAUUUCGCCCCUCUCCGCCGAGGGACUGGACCUGAAUGCCAUUAUUAGAAUGUCUCCCACGUCACUAGUGGCUUACCUGGGUGGAUCUCACAGUUCCUCUUCUAGCAUGUCGCCCGCCGGGGACAAGACCGGAUGCUACGGGCAUUUAUCCGCGCGAAACAGCACCGGUAGUCCGCAGUCCAUAUUUUCUAAUCCCAGAUUAUCUUACUCGCAGAAUCAAUUGCCAAACAUUCGGGACGAGUCUAUGGGCCUGGACGGCAAUCUCGCCGUGUACCAGAGCAUGGAAAUAUUAGAAUCCAAUUGCUUCGUGGCCAACACCAGCGGCUCGCUCCCUUCUAAUCGAGCCGUCCUUUCCCAGAACGAUUCCUCCCAUUUUCUGGAGAAUCAGCGGGUGAAAUCCGAGCCUUUUACCGAAUCGUCCUGUCUGUAUUCGGCGGAAUCUUCGGGAAAUCUACCGCCUCAAGUGCCCAUCCACCCUCCUCCCAGUUACGAUCAACACAUGGCACGAAAAUUGAAAUUUCAAAAAAAGAAUUCUUCGGACAGCAGCCAGAGCCAACCUUCCAGUUAUUCGAGUUUCGAUAGUUCGGAAGGGGAAAGAGCCGCCGAUGGUACCGAUACGGAACAGGGAAAACCUCAUUACGUGUGUCGAUGGGUGGAUUGCAUGUCGACGACGUUCUCUAACCAAGACGAAUUGGUGAAGCAUAUCGAGAAGUGUCACAUCGAUCAGAGGAAAGGAGAAGAUUUCGCAUGUUUCUGGCAGAGUUGUCCACGAAGAUAUCGACCGUUCAAUGCUCGAUACAAAUUGUUGAUUCAUAUGAGAGUUCAUACUGGCGAGAAACCUAACAAGUGCACGUUCGAAGGCUGCAGUAAAGCAUUUUCACGUCUGGAAAAUUUAAAGAUACAUCUGAGAUCUCACACGGGAGAAAGACCCUACGUAUGUCAAUACACGGGAUGCUGCAAGGCUUUCAGCAAUUCGUCCGAUCGAGCGAAACACCAAAGAACCCAUCAGGACACCAAACCAUACGCUUGUCAAGUUCCUGGUUGUUCGAAACGUUACACAGAUCCCAGUUCUUUGAGAAAACACGUUAAAAACCACUCUGCAAAAAAUGAUCCUGCUAAAAAAAAGUUAAGAAGCGGGAUAACAGAUAUCGAUGCAGAGCUGCUAAAUGAAUGUCUGAUCAUUCAGCCGAUAGUUCCUAUCUCUCAAACUGAAAACCCGCCCAUAAAUAACACGAGCCUUCCCGAUAUACAUCAUCAUCCCAAAUGUUUGACAAGUCACCAAGCAGUUAAUCCCACGACAAGCCACACAUCAAAUUUGGAAAGAAGGUCCGAGUUUGACAGGAGCGACACUAUUUAUCACACAAAUUUUACGAGUAGAAUUCCAGUUCUUCCACCCAUAAGAAAUUCUAUGAAGCAAGAAUUAGCGGGUCCAAAGUCAGUUAAUUUAUAUUCAUACCGCGAAUCAGAUUCCACUGGUUUAAUGAAUAAUUCUGUUAAAGAUUCUAGGAAAAUAUCUAGCAAUUUUCCAUCCGUUUUCAAACAAGAUCCGGAUGAUUUCCAAGGAAAUGUUACUUUACCAUCACUGGAUGACAUGACAACAAGCUUUACUUCGUUUGAUUCUCUUUCUCAUUUUGGAGGGAUUUCCUGAAAAGCUGAAAUGUAGCGAAUUUUUUCGAAAGAGUUAGUGCAUUUUAUAGCACCAGAGUUCCGAGUGAAAAUAGUUUACAUUAAUGAAUUUGUCUCUAGGCUCCGUAAUAAUUAAAAUCAAAAUAUAUAAGAAAAUAUAAAAUGCCUUAUCGAGACAAUUUUAUAAUCGGCACGGAAGAAAACUGUGACAUUUUACUU